AUCUUUGUUCGUGGACGUUUGAAGUGUAACGAUGCAUUCGAUUACUAUCACCAUGCUGCUUGCCGUUGUUUGUUGUUACUUUGCGGUUGUACCGCGUACCAUGGCCGAAGAAAAUGCUUCACCGUCGGAAGUGGAUCGUUUCGCGACUUUCGAUCGUGCUACCGUCGAAGCGGAGAACGAAGGGAAUGCAGGAGCGACGUUGAACAGACAAAAGAGGACGCUUUUGUUAAAGAAGAAGCUGCUCGGUGCAGGACUUUUGGGUUUUGGUUUAGGCGCUGUGAAAGGGUACAAAGCUGCGUAUUAUUCUGCUCCACAAGUUCGUCACGUGUAUCUAUCACCGCCUCCUGCAUCAUCCGUGAAGUACGUCGAGUACGUUGAGAAACCUAUUUUCAUCGAGAGGAUCGUGGAGAGACCAAGUCCGAUUGUGAAACCGAUACAUGCCGAGUAUAAGGAUCCUUCUCCGUACGGGGCUUGGUAAUAUGAAAAAGUACCUACUGCAUAAACCAGAUAUGAAAAACAUCCAUCAGCCGUCUGGAAUUGACCAUGGGCCAACCAUUGGGUGUUGAUUCGAAGAAACAGUUAUAUGUAUACCAUAUCU